AACAGAGAUGAACAUGCACCUUAAGAGUGUUUUGGGUUCCUUAUUUUGUUUUUAAUUAAGCUUAAGCAUGGGUGUGGCCCUUUCAGUCAACCUGGCUUUCCUCCUGGAGGAGUUUGCAGCUGUGAUUCUUGUACUACGAGGUUAUGGUCUUACUUGAGAGCAAAGAUUAACAAACAUGAAGUAGUUAGGAAUGUUAAUGUUAGGUUCAGACAGUAUAAUAACUUUAACAAGGUUAGAUGAAAGAACUGUCUGGGAAAAAAAGUAAUAUUUGACCUUGGGUCCUGAAGAUUGGGUAGGAGUCAGGUAGUUAGAGAAAAUAUGAAAGGUUUCUGCUACUCAAGAUGGGAAUAGUAGAAUAAGAGCUUUGAAGCAGAAGAAAAUGAGAUGAGCUUCAGAGAGAAUUUGCCCACAAGAUAAGGGAAUAAAGUCAGAGAGCUAAGUCUGUGGAAGACUUUGUUAAGAUGAAUGGGUGGUUUAGCAGAUCAUUGGGUGAUGACCUGAUCAGAAUUAGAAUUAAAGAAAUCUUGCAAGAAGCUACAUAAGGAGUCCUGACAAAUGGGAAUGAGGGGAAUCUGCUAGGAUGUUGGUAAAAAGGCCAAGGAGAAAUCCUAGGGCAAAACUCUAUUAAGGUGUUACACAAGAGUGUUUAUAGAUUUGGGAAUAAUGUUAACCUGAAUCCUAUAGAAUGGAAAGCAUCCAAUGAAUAUAAUUAACAGUGAUGUGAACUCCAGAUAUGUUAAUGACCAAUUAAUAGAUAGUAAUUUUCCAAAUGUGGCAAGCCAUUGGAUUUGGUGAACGGUGCAUCACUUCCGACUUUGAAAUGCAGUGGUACUUUUUAUAUUUGACAACUCUUGUUUACCUCUUACCAUGCUUUAUUAUUGCUCAGUAAAAUGCCAGCUUGUUUAAAAAAAAAAAAGUGGUAGUGUGGAAACAAAACAGCAAGGCUUUGAGAAGCUGGGAGAAGAAAGAGAAUGGAGUCGAGACAAUUCUAAAAAGUGAAAGGGGGAGAAGUGCGAAGGAGGGGAGAGAUGCUGUGAGGCAAUAAAAGAAUGGGGAAGUACAAGGGAUCAGUGAACAAGAAUGAAUCAGAGGAAAAUGAAGUUUCAGGCAUGAAUGCUAUUAGAGGAGGGAAGGCUAAUUUAGGAGUGAGGAAUAGGGAUGUUGAGACGUGAAGUGCUUGUGUGCUAUUCCAAGGGUAGAGAAGUGUAGGACUGAAACUAGAGGGGUUGAGACGAGCAGAAAUAGUAAUAGAGCGGGGGAGUUUGGGGGGUCAACUAAAUUAAAGCAAGAAACGACCAUUCGACAGGUAACAGUGCUUCUGCAAAGACGGUAGAUCAUUUUAACGCAGGGAGAAAAAGAACGAACGGGGACGGAGGCGGGGACCGUACUGUGGUGGGAGUCAGGGCUGCCGGAAUGGAUGAGUCCUGGGAGCAUGUGCCCGCCUCCCUCAGAGAGACCUCAAGGCGGCCACGGCCGUCUUACCUUGCUAACGUUCGGGCGCCUUCCCUUUCCCUCCUGUGCGCAGACUGCCCCGCGCAGUGUCUCCUGGACCUCUCUGUCCCGGAGCCCCAGCGACUAGCAGAGGAGUUGCAGCGGAACUGAAUAGCGAAGUCGCGUUUCCGGGAGGAAGGGAAUCCGCGGCGGACCCGGGACUGACUGCAGAACGCACGGUGACUGGUCGCGCGCAUGGCGGCGCCGCGGCCGAAGGGCCUAAAGGGGCCGGAGCGGAAGUUGGAGGCUGUCGGAGGAGGCCGCGGGGCCAACAAGAAGGGCAAGAAGCAGCCGCCGCGUCCCGGGACCGGGUCGAGCGCGCUGGGCCAUAAGCGGGAUACUGAGGAGCUAGCCGGGCUGCCAGUCAGCAGAAGAUCAGAGGAUGGGGAGCAGGACGAACAGCUGCGGCUGCAGAGGGAGCUGGACUGGUGCGUGGAACAGCUGGAGCUGGGCCUGAAGACACAGAAAUCCAACCCAAAGCAAGCUGAACAGGUUGCUCGAGCGGUCAAGACCCUACGAAGUCAGCGAGCCGAGUUGCCCAAGAAACGUCAAGUGAUGCGGUCACUGUUUGGGGACUACCGGGCCCGCAUGGAGGAGGAUCGGAAAGCAGCCCUGAAGGCCAUGGAAGCUGCAGCUCGAUCAGCUCGGGUGAUCCCUGUUGAAGAGGCCAUCCGAAGGAAGAGUAGCCGGAUCUGCAGGCAUCGCCCAGGUGGAAGGAUGAAUUCGGUAUCUCUUCCAGAGGAAGAAUUUAAGUUUAACUUUAUUUUAUCCUCUGCUCAUCAGGAAUCCCCCUAAUUUCUGCCAGAAAAGCUACUAUCACUACCACUGGCAGCACAGUUUAGGGGCUGGAGAGAGUAUCAGAAAGGUUUGGGAAAUUCAUCUGAUGGGUAUCAGAUACAUGAUCAGGAUGGCUCAGACUGGCUAUUUUUCAUAUGUAUGGUCAUUGUCACUGAAGCCCUUACUUGACAUAUGGAAGUCAUCAGACUACUUGUGGAGUAAAUAUGUAGUUGCCCUAUCUUGAAUUCUUAAAGACAGGUGAAGCUAGUCUGUACCAUGCCCUGAUCAGAGGGUAAAGAUGGAGGCAACUUGAAAAAGAGGCUGCUUUGGUGCCUCUAUUUAUUAGUAGGAAAGAGGUCUUCAGUAAAAUCUUCCCUUCCAACUUUCUUAUCUGAGUGUCUCUUCGGAACCACAGCAUGGAUCACAGAAGGGUAUUUAUUGGAUGGAUUUUAGAAACUGGGUAGGGACAGCAUGGCUUAGGGGCCAUCAGUCACAGGGUGUCUCUAAAAGAUUGUAUAACCCUUUUUUCUCAAUCUAAAUGCCCUCACACUCUUUCUCAAAGGAAAAUCCCAAAUUUUCUCCUUGGAUCAGGGUUUGGGGCAAGGCUCAUCCCAUGGGAGUUUUGCACUUAUGAGUUUCCUCAUUAAACUGCUUCUAAGAAUUUAAAGGAUUAAAAGUGGCACCCUUGCUCCAUUUUGGUCAGUUAUUUGCCUUCUCUAAAAA